UUUUCCCUAAUGGCAAUAUUAACUGUAAAAGAGUUAGAAUCUGAUAAGAAAUGUGAGCGUUCGAAAAUGUUUGGCGAAUACAUAGACAAUUCAAUACGUGCGCUUGUGGCAAUCUUUGUUGCUGAUUUUCUGAAGCGGUCAGCUAAUGCUUUUAUUGAAUAUGUUUGGCAUCUGAACAACUACCAUAUUGAGGGUCGCAAUAUAGCAAUUUUAAAGCGCGUUUAUACUUAUAAUAUAAAAUCAAUAUGCUUGGCGAUCGCUGUAGUGAUCGGUGGACUGAUUCGAUUUGGAAGCACCAGAAUUUUGCCGCAGUUUUUGUGGCACAACUCUCUUCUGAUCUACAUCCCAAUUUAUUGGAUCUUCAUUUUGGCUCAAUUGAACUACUCACCAUUGGAUUAUGCCCACUGGAUACGCGAUUCGCAUGGACUAGACUUUGCUGAGGGAAUGGCCUCUAAUUACUUCCAUGGUUAUUUGAAGAUCGCUUUGCCUGAAGAAAAUGGCUUGCGGAAACGAAUGCGCGACUAUGAAGACGCUCAUGGAAUAACGUUUGGACUGCAUCGACUGAUUAUACUUAUACCAGAUGAGAUGUUUGUGGACAACAAUUUAAAAGGCCGCUUACUAGAGAAUGCUGAUCCUUUAGAAACUAAAUUUAUAAAUCGAGCAGGAGUGAAUCGACCUUAUAAGCAUUCGGUUUAUAGACUGAGCCCUGAGGUACAUGGCAAGCCAUAUUACUUUGCUGUGGAAGGUGCAACACCAAUGCUAUCAUUCUUUGAUGCCCUAAACUCUCAGAUCUCUAAUACUUGGCAAAUGCGAGAAAUGAAACGAGAAAUCUGGCUAAAAUUCUCAAAGCAUCUAAAGAUGUUAGUCAACAGUUGGCCGGAAACGCGGCGCGAGGUCCAGCUAAUCAUUUAUAAUUCUCACAAUACAAAGGGGGAACUGGUAGAUGUUGGAGAACUUCUUGCUCCUUACGCAUUAUCAUCGAAAAAUGAUUAAGUUAGUUUUAAAAAUGUUGAAUGACUAUGUAUGUGCAUU